AUGCAUCUUGCUUUGACCAAGGAUUCUUCAGAAGGAUAUGCCAGUUUGCGAAGUCAUGGCAGUGAGCUCGAUCAAGAACUCGAUCGAGUCGAGUUUCGAACAAACGAACUCGAUCGAGCUGGGGCUGAAUGCAAGGAGCAAGCUCAAGGAGAUUGGUCUGAGCUCAAGGCGCCUAAAGUCGACCUCAAACCUUUGCCUGAGGGCCUCAGGUAUGCAUUUCUGGGUGAAAACUCAACUUACCCUGUCAUUGUGAACUCUGAUUUGAACUCAACUUACCCUGUCAUUGUGAACUCUGAUUUGGAACCUGAACAGUUGAGUGCUUUGCUUGUUGAAUUGAGAAAGUACAGAAAGGCAAUAGGUUACACUCUAGAUGAUAUCAAGGGGAUCUCCCCUGACCUAUGCAUCCAUAGGAUUCAUCUAGAGGAUGAAAGUAAGUCAAGCAUUGAACCUCAAAGAAGAUUGAACCCCAAUCUAAAGGAAGUAGUGAAGAAAGAGAUACUCAAGUUGCUUGAUGCUGGGAUAAUCUAUCCCAUCAGUGAUAGCACUUGGAUAUCUCCAGUUCAUUGCGUCCCAAAGAAAGGGGGGAUCACUGUCAUUAAAAACGACAAAGAGGAGCUGAUUCCCACUAGAACAAUAGUGGGGCAUCGCAUGUGUAUUGACUAUAGGAAGCUAAAUUCAGCAUCUAGAAAGGAUCAUUUCCCUCUCCCUUUCAUUGAUCAGAUGUUAGAAAGAUUGGCAAACCACCCUUUUAUUGUUUUCUUGAUGGCUACAGUGGUUUCUUCCAAAUCCCGAUCCACCCUAAUGAUCAGGAGAAGACCACUUUCACAUGCCCUUAUGGCACCUUUGCUUAUCGAAGGAUGCCAUUUGGGCUGUGCAAUGCCCAGCUACUUUCCAGAGAGGUGUGAGGAGACCAAUCUAGUACUCAACUGGGAGAAGUGCCACUUCAUGGUUCGAGAAGGGAUUGUGCUUGGACACAAGAUUUCCGAGAAAGGGAUCGAGCUCGAUCGAGCUAAGGUGGAUGUCAUGUUGCAGCUCCCUGUUCCCAAGACUGUGAAGGACAUAAGGAGUUUUCUGGGUCAUGCAGGGUUCUACAGAAGAUUCAUCAAGGAUUUCUCAAAGAUAGCAAGACCCUUGACAAGGCUUCUAUGCAAGGAGACAGAUUUUGAGUUUGAUGAAGAAUGCCACAAGUCUUGGACCUUGCUGAAGGAUGCUCUGGUGUCUGCGCCAAUAGUCAAGCUCCAAACUGGGAUCACCCAUUUGAGAUUAUGUGUGAUGCAUCUGACUAUGCAGUAG